CUCUCACUAUUCGCCUUGAGUGUGUGCACUACUGAAUCCUAAAAAAAAAGCAGGUUUCUAUUCCAUAGCAGUGUCCGCGUGUCUACGGUCGGUGGGGGCACAGUCGCGUCUACCUGGCAGCCAAGUGGGAUCUCGCCUUUCAAUCCCAACGAUUCAAACUUUCACGGAAUGCGUUCGUGAUACACGACGGCGCUCGUUGGGCUGCACGCGCACGACCGCGGCGCCUUUCCACUAGUUUAUGAGGCUCGAGCUCCGUUUCUCGAAGUGACAAUGUUACUAUUUAAAUGGUUGUAUUGCUAAUCACCUCGUUUUGUGUUCCUUUGGAGUUUGUAACUUCUGAUAUCAUGGGAGGCUGCUGACACCUGACGUCUGUUGUUAGCCGGAGGGAACCUGCAGAGCUGCCUGAGCGCACACGUCAGUGCGCAGGAAAAAAACACCAGCAAUGGCGGCCCAUCGAAUCAAAGCCACCACAAAUAACAACAUUUCCCUGCCUCGCUGCAAGUCAGAGGGGACUCUCAUAGAUCUCAGCGAUGGUGUUUCAGAAGCCACCCUCACCAAUGUCAAAGUGCUUUCUCCCAGUGCCUUACGGCUGGAUGCCACCGCCUCCUUCAGCACGGCCAGGGAGGUUGUCGCCAUCAAGGACUAUUGCCCAUCCAGCUUCACCACCCUGAAGUUCUCCAAAGGGGAACGUCUCUAUGUUCUCGACACCUCGGGAGGAGAGUGGUGGUAUGCCCACAACAACACAGAGAUGGGCUACAUCCCGGCAGCCUACGUUGAGCCCGUCAACUACAGAGACUCCUCCUUCAGCGACAGCGGGAUGAUUGACACCAUAGCCGACUGCAACGAGGAGGCCGCCAAAGAAAUUGACCUUCUCGGGGAGUGGGAGGGAGUUCUUUUGAAACAGGCCAUCUUCCAGAAUAGCAAUCCUUUCUCGACCUCGACUAACCCUUUCCUCAACGGGGGUGUUCAGAAUACACUGGACCAGAACUGUAACGAGAAACCAGUGGACUUGCUGUUGUUUGAUACGCUGGCUGUAUCAGAACCAAACUCCACUAGUAGCACUGUGAAUAUCAAUGGCUUCGUUGGCGGUGUUUGUGAUUUCAACCAGGGCGGCACACUUUCUGGAACCGGGCAAACGUUGAGGAGGGACAACCCAUUUUUUAGAAGUAAGCGCUCCUACAGUCUCUCUGAGCUGUCCAUCCUGCAAGCUCAAUCAGACGCCCCUCAGGGUUCCACAGGUUUCUUUGGAGGCUUAAAAGCUCCCGCACCAGAACAAUUUCAGAGCCGGGAGGAUUUUAGGGCGGCGUGGCUGAACCAUCGCAAGCUAGCCAGAUCCUGCCACGACCUGGACUCGCUAGGACAGAGCCCUGGCUGGGGCCAAACGCAGCCAGUGGAGACCAACAUUGUUUGCCGGCUAGACAGCUCGGGGGGGGCAGUCCAACUUCCGGAUACAAACAUCAGCAUCCAUGUUCCGGAGGGCCAUGUGGCUCCAGGAGACAGCCAGCAAAUAUCCAUGAAAGCCCUGCUAGAUCCUCCGCUGGAGCUGAACACUGACCGGUGCACCACCGUCAGCCCCGUGGUGGAAAUAAAGCUCAGCAACAUGGAGACCAAAACCACCGUUACCCUGGACAUGAAGGUGUCAGUAGUGGUGAAAAUGGAGAGCAGGCAGACGACGGAGGUCAUCUGCGUGAGGAGUGAUUGUAAAGAGGGUCCCUACACACCGAUUCCACAGGCGUACAUAUACGGUGACAUGGUGCAAGUGUGCCUAGAUAACCUGGAACCGUGCAUGUACGUGUGCGUCGUUGCCCAGUCCCAGUCUAUAUUAGCAGGUUCUACGGUUUGGGAACAGGUGGUGAAAAAGGUCACCUUAGGCGUAUAUGGUCCAAAGCACAUUCAUCCUUCUUUCAAAACUGUGGUGGCCAUCUUCGGCCAUGAGUGUGCCCCUAAAUCCUUGUUGGUGAGUGAGGUGGGAAAGCAAGCACAGUCUGCUCCCCCGGUGGCACUGCAGCUUUGGGGUAAACACCAGUUUGUCCUGUCAAGACCCCAGGAUCUCUGUGUCGGCGUUUAUUCCAACAUGGCAAACUAUGAGGUGAAGGUCAGUGACCAGGCCAAAGUGGUCAGGGGUUUCCAGGUGAAACUGGGCAAAGUCAGCCGCAUUGUUUAUCUGAUCGCCUCGCGAAAUGCUGAGGAAGUUUCUGAUUUCACCUUGAGGGUGCAGGUGAAAGACGACCAAGAAUGCAUACUUGCCCAAUUCUGUGUUCAGACCCCCACUCCACCACCCAAGACAGGUCCCAAGACAUCAGUGCAACGCCGUUUUCUAAAAAAGAAGGAGGUUGGUAAAAUCGUCUUGUCGCCACUCGCCAUUGCCACCAAGUACCCAGUUUUCCAUGACAGGAUGAUCAAUGGCCUGAAAUUUGGGAAACUUAUCAAAACAGUCAUCCGCCAGACAAAAAAUCAAUACUUAUUGGAAUACAAAAAGGGGGACUUUGUCGCUCUGUUGAGUGAGGAGAAGAUAAAGCUAAAAGGCCAGUUGUGGACAAAGGAAUGGUACAUUGGAUAUUACCAAGGCAAGAUGGGCUUUGUUCACGCCAAGAAUGUUCUAGUGGUUGGUAAAGUGAAGCCCAUUUACUUCAGCGGGCCUGAUCUUACCACAACACUAUUGCUGGAGCAGAUACUGAAGCCCUGCAAGUUCCUGACGUACAUCUACGCCUCUGUGAGGACGAUACUGAUGGAGAACAUCGGCAGCUGGCGGGCGUUUGCCGACGCACUCAGUUAUGCCGACCUGCCACUGACACACUUCUGCCGGGCAGAGUUGGACAGCGAACCGGAGAGGGUGGCGUCCGUGCUGGAGAAACUCAAAGAAGACUGCAACAAUGCAGAAGGAAAGGACAGGAAGUCCUUCCAGAAAGAGCUACUGACGGCGCUGCUGCAGAUGGACUGCCAGGGCCUGGUGGCGCGGCUGGUUAUGGACUUUGUCCUGCUGACCACGGCGGUGGAGGUAGCCGGCCGUUGGAGGGAGCUGGCCGAGCGCCUGGCCAAGGUGUCCCGCCUGCAGAUGGACGCGUACGAGGCCCCGCACCGCGCCAAGAACGGCGUGGUGGACAGCGAGGCCAUGUGGAAGCCAGCCUACGACUUCCUGGUCACGUGGGCGGCCCAGAUCGGCGACAGCUACCGCGAUGUGAUCCAGGAGCUACACAUUGGCCUGGACAAGAUGAAGAACCCCAUCACUAAGCGCUGGAAGCACCUGACCGGCACGCUCAUCCUGGUCAACUGUCUGGACUCCCUGCGUGGCUCGGCCUUCAGCCCCGCCUCUCAGGACGACUACGCCAUCUGAGUUCUUGCCUGAGCCUUCCCCAUCGUCACCCCUCCCCACGCCGCCUCACUGAAUUCAUUGCAAUGCUUUUCCUCAUGCUAGCGUUCCCUAAGCACCGGCUUAGACUCGCUCAUAAGGCGUUAUUAUGUUGGAGAUUUCCCCUCCCCUUUAAUACAACCACUAUUUUUCUUUUUAUUUCUCGCUCUGCCUUCAGUCCCCCUGCGGGAUCUGGGAGUCGGGGUUGCGAUUUUAAGACUGUUUCUAUGGCAGCCGAUUCCACUACACACAAUACUGUUUGUAGCUCUCAGUAUUCACAGACUAUUUUAAUAGAUCUCCUCUUGCAUAGUAUGUAUUUUUGUACACUUUAAAUAUGGCACCGAUUUCUUUUUUACAAUUUCAACACUGGUUGAGAACUGUGGAUUGACUGCUUCAAAAACACACUUAUAAAAACAAAAGACACUUUAAAUAUUAAUAUUCUUGUCAGCGUAACCUUGUCACAGUAGCCUUGUAAAGUGUCCAACCAGCUUUGUAUUUAUUUAUAUGUCUGUUUAAGUGGGAAACAGGUCUUUCUGUUUCAGAUAUUGAGUUACUUUACAGAUGCAUUCUGCAAUGCAGGAUUUUAUUUGACAAUAAACAUUGCUUUGAUAAAAUUUCCACUAAAUUUCUAAAAAUGUCAAACGUUGUUCUCAAACGUUUCAACAUCUAAAUAAGCCACUCAUUCGCAAAUAAAAAUAUUGUUUCUUGAUUGAUGAUUCUUAAAAAUAAUAUCAAGAGAAAAGUUUGAAUUUACCUCAAUGUAAUGGUUAAAUAUUUUACACCUGGAUCCUUUCUUGGUGGGGUUUUACCCUAUUUGUAGACAAAAAAUAUUUUAGUCACCGCAGUCACAAUAUGAAUGCCAAUAAACAUUUUAAGUAUUACUAAGGAUUAUAUGGAGUGUUCUUUUUCUUUUUUUUGCAACUCCAGUUGCCAGUUGGUUAGUCUGUCAACAGUUUGCCGUUGACAGACUAGUUAGCUAGGCUAGCAAUGUACCACUGUGAGGUGGACAUUGUUCACCAAGUAUGGUGAACAAUUUCUGUUAGCGCAGCAAUUUAAUAAUAAUGCACUCAUGUACUUCAAUGGCACAUAUCAGCAAGUUCACAUUUGCCACCAGACAACCCAGAAGGAUUGAUCUUUGCAUUACAUUUUAUACAUUUAUUAUAACAUAUUUUCUAAUAAUUCCAAAAUCAUUUUGUCAUUUAUGAUGCUGUAUUUAAUCAUUCCAACACACAUUGCUAAAACAACGUUUUUUGACUAUCUAAGAAUCCAGAAUACAAUAUCCAAAUGAGAAUAUGAUUAUAAUUUCACAUGUCUUACAAUCUGUAAGAUUCAAAGAAACAGACAUUAUCUAAUUCAUCCGCGAAUAAAAAUUCUCAUCCAGCCCUCAUUGCACUGUUGAAGAGAGGGAGGACAUUUUAAAUAAUUAGCACAGGAUUCAAAGCACAACCCAAUCGGAAUAUUAAUGACAUUCAAAUAUUUAUAACAUUCAAUGGGUUUGGGUCUUUCCUCAGUGUUGUAUUUGGUUUUGUGCUGCUAUAUGAUUAUCUGUCCAAUAGGAAUUCAAAUGCAUAAACCUCACAGAAAGGAAAAGUAUCCAAAUGUGUUGGUACACAUUGAAUUCUAUCUUCAGGAUCUACUAUGUAUUCCAGCAAGUAUCGAUACACAUCCCUUUUAAAUUAAAAACCAACAGCAAAAUGACAAACAUAUUAAGAUUGUGUAUUGUUACUCCUAGACCCAAAUCACUAAUGACCUACAUGACUCAUUAGGAUGUGUGUAUGGAGAGAGAAGAGCGAAGGGGGAUUGAGAGCAGCAUCUCAAGAGCAAGGUAUCCUUGAGGGAUAUGAUAAAGAGAGCUUCCUGGCAGUGGAGAAAAACAGCAAACGAGGAAAGAUGUAGAACUUUAAGUCUGAAAAACCUUUGGCAGCCUGUCUGCUUAUCUACCCCCCAUCCCCCCUCACGCACCCACACGCCCUCCCUCUCCCCCACCCACACUGCUCUGUCAUCUUUCUGUCUCCAUUUCACUGAUAACACCCCUCAUCCACCACCUUUUUCCCCCACUCUGACGUCCAUGGUCCUCUUUUUAGUGCGGAAGCGAACAGACCUUCAUUAAAUACAUACAUUAAUGGAGGCGACGAGAGAGAAAGAAAAAAAACAGAGCGCAAAAGGACUUGAAUUA